AUGGAAUUGUGUUCCACAACUCUUUCUUUCUCUUCUUCCACUUCCAUUCUCAAUUUUCAGAGCCCAAAAUUUCCUAAAAGGAAUUUCUGUGAGAAAAUUUCAAACCCUACAUUACCUAAACCAUUUCUCCAGAUACAUGGUAAACCUCAUACACUAAUUUAUGAACAAAACUCAACAAGACUUUCUCCUAGAACAUACAGACCAUCCAUAUCAGCUAAAUCCGGAAAACAGAGUUGGGAUUUAGGAAGAUUUAUAAAAACAUUAUACUUCUUCAAUGGACCUCCAUCUCCAGCUAAGUUCUUUGACUUUCUAGUUGGGAAACUAUCAAGUCCUUCCACUAGUGAAUCGGUUAUGGGGACUUCGGAUAUUGUUCUUGUUGCUGGAGCUACUGGUGGUGUCGGUCGAAGAGUGGUUGACGUGUUACGAAAGAAAGGAAUUCCUGUUCGAGUUUUGGUUAGAAAUGAAGAGAAAGCAAGAAAGAUGCUAGGCUCAGAUGUUGACUUGGUUGUUGGAGACAUUACAAAAGAUAGUACUUUGAUCCCUGAAUACUUUAAAGGAGUAAAAAAAGUGAUCAACGCCGUUUCUGUUAUUGUUGGCCCUAAAGAAGGAGACACUCCGGACAGAGCAAAAUACAGCCAAGGAAUUAAGUUCUUUGAGCCAGAGAUAAAAGGUGAUUCACCUGAAAAAGUAGAGUACAUAGGAAUGAGAAAUUUGAUCAAGGCCGUGAAGAACAACCUUGGACUUCGCAGGGGAAAGUUAUUAUUUGGAUUUGAAGGUGAAAGUUACAGGGAGCUUUCUUGGGGCGCUUUAGAUGACGUGGUAAUGGGUGGAGUUAGUGAAAGUACUUUUCAAAUUGACUCAAAUGGUAGUGAAAAUGGUGGACCAACUGGGGUUUUUAAAGGUGUUGUUUCAUCGGCAAAUAAUGGUGGAUUUACAAGUAUCAGAACAAAGAAUUUUUCAGAACCUGAGGAUCUCUCUGCAUAUGAUGGUUUGGAGUUCCGUCUAAAAGGCUUUAACACAGAGAAAGGCAAAUGGCAAUUGAUUCAAUUGCCAUUUUCUUCCCUGAGGCCCAUAUUUCGAGCAAAAACUGUGUCUGAUGCUCCGCCAUUUGAUCCCAGCAACGUUGCAUCACUGCAGCUCAUGUUCAGCAAGUUUGAAUAUGAUGGUAAAUUGAACGAGACUUUUGUGGAAGGUCCGUUUGAGCUUCCAGUAUCUAGCAUAAAGGCAUAUAUAAAUGAUCCAAUAACUCCUAGAUUUGUACAUGUGGGCUCAGCGGGAGUUACCAGACCAGAAAGGCCCGGACUUGAUCUAAGUAAACAGCCUCCUGCAGUUCGAUUAAACAAGGAACUUGAUUAUAUCCUCACAUUUAAACUAAAGGGUGAGGAUUUAAUCCGAGAAAGUGGCAUUCCAUAUGUGAUCGUGAGGCCUUGUGCAUUAACUGAAGAACCUGCUGGAGCUGAUCUAAUCUUUGAUCAAGGAGAUAAUAUUACGGGUAAAAUAUCAAGGGAAGAGGUUGCUCAGAUGUGCGUAGCAGCACUUGAAAGCCCUUAUGCAUGCGAUAAAACAUUCGAGGUCAAAAGUGUUAUUCCAUUUAGCGAACCAUUUACGGUGGAUCCAGAAAAUCCUCCUCCAGAAAAAGACUAUGAUAUAUACUUUAAAAACUUAAAAGAAGGCAUAACUGGAAAGGAAGCCCUUCAACAAAAUCCUAUGCCUGUUUAA